AUGUUGCCAUGGCAGCUGGAGCUCAUGAACCGGGCUCUUCCCCAGCUGCCCGAGGGCAUCCUGGCAUUCUCUGCUUUCCUCGGGGCUCCUCCUGGAGGGCACACCUGUGAGGGCAGAGCAGGACCCAUGGCCGCCAGGGCCAGGCUCAGCAGCGGGAUCUGUGCUGAGGAUGCUGAGCCAGAAAUGGGACUCCCCGCAGCUGCCGAGGCGCCCUUCCUGCUGCUGCUCUCCACGCCUCUGGGCUCCGGAAUAAUUAGAAUCCUGUUCUACCCAUCGAGCUGGUCCCUGACACCUCCCUUCACAGCUUUCCCUUCUGCAUCAGCUCAGCAGCAUCUCCCCUCACUCAAGGUUGCACCUCCUAGUGUCCCCAAGAGAGAAUCUGAUUGGCUCAGCCCACCGUCCCAGCUCAGCCUCCUGAUUGGCUGCUGUGGGGUCAGGUGA